GGCUGCCUGAACUGACAACUGUUUUAGCUGUGGCUCAAGAGACAAGACAAGAGAGGGACAAUCUGGAAUGGUACACUGAUAUUGGGACUGCUGCUUUUACACAGAUUCUGCAUCUAGCACUUUUUUUGGGGGUCCUUUUUUGGUGAGUCAUGGAAACUGCAAACAACCCACGUUUUGAGUACAUCACAAAUGAAAUAUGCCAAAAGGAGUACCUUGCUGAAGAAGUGAAAGGAAUGACAUACCGGCAGAAUGAUAUUUCGGAAGCUUUGCAAGAGGUUAAAAGCCCCUCAGGGGGAGAAACUGUAGAAAACAUAAUGGAGAAACUAAAAGCUGAGAAGAACAGCAUCAAGGAAAAACAAAGCCAUGAUGCAGAAAGACUGAGCCUUAAAAGAAAGGCAGAGAGUGAGGAAAAGCUGACUCUGAAGAAAGAGUCGCGUCUGCCAGAAAUGGAGUGUCACCCCUUUCCGGUGCUUCUGUCCCACAUCCCCUUGAAGAACCUCAUGGAGGUAGAAAUGAAGUUGGUCUACAUGGAUGAGGAAGAUGUUACCUAUGAGUUUCUGGAGUCCCAGCUGUCCACCAAUGAAGAAGCAAAAUGUCUAGAGGCCCCAAGUAUGGAUUCCCAGAGAUCACCUAACAUGAGCAUCGUUCUACCACAGAUGGACAAAUGGCUUCAGGUGUCCUUAAAGGAUGCCAGCACUUGCUAUAGGCAGAAGAAGUAUGCAAUGGCAGCUGGACAAUUCCGGACAGCUCUUGAGCUUUGCAGCAAAGGUGCAGCUUUAGGGAAACCCUUUGAAGCCUCUCCAAAAGAUAUUUCAAGCAUUGCCAGUUUCAUUGAAACAAAGCUUGUAAUCUGCUACUUGAAAAUGAGAAAGCCUGACCUUGCGCUGAAUCAUUCUCACAGGAGCAUUAUUCUGAACCCUGCCUAUUUCCGUAACCACCUUCGUCAAGCUGCUGUUUUCCGGUGCUUAGAGAGAUAUUCUGAAGCCGCUAGGAGCACGAUGGUUGCUGACUACAUGUACUGGUUGUCUGGAGGAAGGGAACAGCAUACCAGCAAGCUCAUCAAACUGUAUUGGCAGGUAAAAAUUGAUGGGCCAGCUCAGAAGGAGGAGCCCAUGUUGCUGUUAGAACCCAAAUGA